AUGCAAGAAACCCACCAAGACGAAUUGCUCGACGUCGCCGCAGCCCACCAACCACAUACUGCGAUCGGGUACAUCCUAAUCUCCAUCCUCCAGUACAUCUCUUAUUCUAUCAACACAUUCCUAAGGGUUCUCAUAUCGCUGCCAUGGACCCUGUGGAUGGACCCGGCCGGUGCUUUCAGCUUGAUCUUCUUCGCUGUGGCUGCUACGCUCGUGCUGGGCUUUGCACUCAUUUUCACGGUCAUCAUCAGGCUGCCGUUCGUCUUGAAAAUUGCAAUAUGGCUCACAGGAGGGGGGCCUGAUGUAUCCACUGCCAACCUGCCCUAUCCGCACAUCUUUGACUCGCUCACACAUGACAUCCGCGACGCUGCAUACGAAGGCAUGUCCGUCCGUGAGCAUGGCGGGAGCAUCCGCGAAUUCGAUCUCGACGUGGCCAAGCUGCAAGCCUACGUCUCUGCUCUCGUCUACGAGCGUCGCCAGCAGCCGCUGCUCACAGUUUUCUCCAUUGUUAAGUCAAAGUUGUUGACACAAGGACGCCGCUCCCACUUAGCGCAGGAGAACGGAGGACCUCUCGUUGACGACCAUCUGAGGUCUCUAUGUGGUCCAGAAUACGAUCGUGUCUCGCACCUAAUGGACGAUGCCGAUGCCUUCAUCUGUGCGAUGGCGCGCGAAAAGCUCGGGCUUGAAUACAUUUCCCUAUCAGAGCUCAGCACAGACACCUCGGCCGUAUGCGGAAUGUUCUUCGAUCCAGGCUUGCAGCGCAACUUCAUCAUCCUCGCCUUCAAAGGAACGACCCCCGAAGCGUUCGUUGAGUGGCUCGUCGAUUUCAGGUACGAGUACGUCUGGGCCGGCAAGAAAAUCCCUGGCUUCCAUUACGUCCACAGCGGCUUCUUUGCGCAGCUCUUCCGGCGCGAGAAGGAUGGAGAUCCGUACAGCGUAAUUCGAAAGGCCGUGCAGCACACUGCGCAAGCUAUUCAGGAGACGACCGGUGUGCCACACGUCCAUCUGUGGGUCACUGGGCACAGUCUCGGCGCGGCGACAGGCACACUCUUUUACAGCAAGCUCUUGACUGAUCCACUUCCGUCUUGCAAACUGCCUGACCAAACCCUGACGGUAAUCCAUGCACCACACAGCUUCUUCGGCGCCCCAAUCGUCGGUGAUCCUUCCUCCCUGUCAAGCUUUAACGCAUCCGUCCAAUCGACGGAGACAGCGCAAUCACCGCGGCCAAACGUCUGGCGCGUGCUGAACGACGGCGAUGCGGUCGCCACGCUGCUCCCAUCGCUCGGUGACAACCGCAAGCUAGGUGCAGAGCUAUCCACGACGAACCAAUUCAACUUUGCCCACUUUGGAGAGCAGAUGAAGCUCGUUGGCUUGCCGGGGCUGAGUCGCUUCGGCCCUGGGACGCUGCUGCCAGCUGAAACGCUUGUGCGGAUCACUUCGCGCCUGCCCGAGCGCGGAACAGGGCCCAACGUCAAGCUUCCGCUCGUCAGCACGAUUGGCGAGCUGAUCCCCUUCGUAGGGCGUUUCGCCUCGCAUGGGCUGAGUUGGUACUGGGGGCGCAUGUCCAAGGUCGGCACAACUCUGCCAGAACAAGUGAUUGCGACUAGAUAG